GGGAGUUGGAAGCGGCCUCCUCUUCCGGCGCUACUUCCGCCGCGCCGCGCUGCUGAGACCAGGGCCAGCGGGAGCGAUUACGUGGCCUGAGAGCGCGCGGCGCGAUGGCGGCUCCCGGGUGUCGCGGGCGGGCGGUCUGGAAAGAAGUGCUGCUGCUGCUGGUGGCCGGGCUGGUCUCCCCCGGAGGGACGCUGUACUUCCACUUGGGCGAGACUGAGCGCAAGUGCUUCAUCGAGGAGAUCCCCGACGAGACCAUGGUCAUCGGGAACUACCGGACACAGCUGUUUGACAAGCAGCGGGAAGAGUACCUUCCUGCCACUCCUGGUCUGGGCAUGUUUGUGGAAGUGAAAGACCCCGAUGAAAAGGUGGUAUUGUCUCGGCAGUAUGGCUCAGAGGGCAGGUUCACCUUUACGUCACACACACCUGGAGAACAUCAGAUCUGCCUGCAUUCCAACUCUACAAAGUUUUCCCUUUUUGCAGGAGGCAUGCUGAGAGUCCAUCUUGAUAUCCAGGUUGGGGAACAUGCCAAUGACUAUGCUGAGAUUGCAGCCAAAGACAAGCUGAGUGAGCUGCAGUUGCGUGUGCGCCAGCUUCUGGAGCAGAUUGAACAGAUCCAGAAAGAGCAGAACUACCAGCGGUGGCGAGAGGAGCGCUUCCGGCAAACCAGUGAAAGCACAAACCAACGGGUUCUCUGGUGGUCUAUUGUCCAGACUCUCAUCCUUGUAGCCAUUGGAAUUUGGCAGAUGAGGCAUCUCAAAAGUUUCUUUGAGGCGAAGAAGUUGGUAUAAGAAAGGGAUGGCCUCUGCAAACGGCCUACAUUUCCUGCAGGUGCAGUUUCCAGUACUUGUGAUUCUCUGCACUGUUCCCUCAGUCAUUCUUUCCACCAGACUGGCUCUUGGCCGCAUUCAGGGUCAUCUACCUCUCUCUGCCCCUCCUUCUUCCUACUCAGCAUCCUGGCCAGCUGUGAUUCGAGUGCAGUGUGUUGGCCUCAUCAGACAUUCCCUCCAGAGAAUCCAAACCAGCCUGCCCCUGCUGCCUCCGAUCAUCCCUAACAAUGUACUUGGAACAUGCAGGGCUGGGAGCUGUCUGUUCAGCCCUUUUUCCUCCUUGAGUCUUCUUUGUUGAAAUCAGACUCUUCUCUGAAGGGCACUCAGGACACUUUCUCUAACCCAGUAUGACAAAUGUCAAAGCCAAGGAACUUCUGCCGGUUAUGUGCCCUGCUGUGUAGUUCCAGCCUGUUAAUGUUACCAAUAUAUUGCUUAGGAGGCAAGUGGUGAAUAAAAAAAUUGGGAGGCUGUGCCUACUACUCUUCUUGUAUAUUCAUAAUGUGAAUAUCAAUAUAGAAUGAUUUGGGGAUGCUCUGCUGUGGAAUUAGAGGAGCAAUACUGGGGACUAUUUCUAAGUGACUUUGAGAGUGUGUGUGUGUGUGUGUUGUUGAGGGGCAGGUAAAUUGAGAAUUGCUCAGCCACUAAUCGGGGAUAGGUAAGUACUGAGAUUUGUAUGGCUUUCCACUUAUCUUCUUCAUGUAGCUUUUUAGAAUUAAAUUAGAUUUUCCUUUAUAUGGCAGCUAUUCUGGCAAAUCAGCAAUUCCAUUUUGUUUUUUAAAUGAGUUUAUAAGCAGUUGCAAAUUUGGUUCUGCAAUGCUGCUGCUCUUAUAGCAAAAAUAUAUGACAUAAUACUAUUUCCUGCCGCUUCACGAACCUUACCUUAUUUGGAAGUAAGCCCCACCAAUGAAAGAUAAUAUACUAUGAAAACAUCCCAAUUUGUGGUUUCCACCAUCUAAAUUUAUAGUUGUUGUUUGAGUGGGGAAGGAUAGAAAAGUUUGGCUCACUUCAGGCAACAAUAUUGAGCCAUUAAGCCAUUUUUACUGGCCAAAGAAUGAGCCGUCUGGUCCUAUCUUCCUCCUUCACUUCAGCACACAGCUUGUAUACUUAUGUAUUGGAUUGUUCCAGUUUAGAUCUUGACAAGCUGUGCUGAUGAGUUCUAGUUUUCUAUUUGAAAGUCAUGGGAAAUGAGUUCAGCAAGUCAGAAUAUAAGCACCAAAUCUAUGUGUGCAUAGGGAUGGUACUAGGAAUCGAGUAUGGUGGCUCAUUCCCAAACAGUUAAUGCAUUUGAACCCGGCUUUUGUUUGUUGAGGAUUGAAUUAAAGGGUCUAUUCCUAA